UUGUGGGGAGCCAGUGGAGGUAACACAACUUAUGGAUAUGGAGGAUACGGAUCAUAUACAGCUGGUUUAAUUGUUUUAAAAAAUCGCCGAAAAAUUUAUCUUAAUAUUGGAGCUCAUGGUUCAAGUGCCGAUAGUUCACAUCCAUACAAUGGUGGUGGAAGAGGUGGUAGUGUAUUAUAUUCCACAAGUAGAGGUGGAUGCACUGAUAUUAGAUUAAAAAGUGGCUCCGAUUUUGAAUCAUUAAAGUCAAGAAUUAUUGUGAGCUCUGGUGGUGGCGGGGCUACUACAUAUAGAGAUGCUUCUGGUAAUGGAGGAAGUGGUGGUGUAUAUACAGGAUAUCCUGGUGGCUAUGCUGAUAACACUCCUUCACUUUCAUAUACUGUAAUUGCUAAUACAGGCGGAACUAUAGACCAAGGAGGAACUGCUAGUAAAGGAACGCAUUCUGACUAUUCAAAAACUACUGGCAAUAAUGGCGCAUUUGGAUACGGUGGAGAUGUGAGAAAUAAUGGGAUAGCUGGUGGAGGUGGUUGUGGCUAUUUUGGAGGAGGAUCUGGAGAUGAUGGCAAUGAUGUUGUGUCAGCCGGGGCCGGAGGGUCUUCAUACGUUUCAGGUUACCAAGGAUUUAAAGCUAUUGAUCCAUCGUCUACCUCAGAAACCAAUUACAAAAUGCUGAGUGAUUCAUAUCACUCGAGCGGAUUUUUCUUUACGAAUGUAGUUGUGGCAGACUAUUCAACCUCUUUCCCAUCACCUUCUCAAUCAACAGAAAAGGGACAUGUUGGAAAUGGUGCAAUUGCAAUUACGGUUCUUAAUCCAAAUUAUGCGACAUGCGAAAUUGCAAUACCAAUUCCAAUCACUUAUAUAUUACUAGGUUUUGCCGUUUCCUUAUAG